AUGGAGUUACAUGAACUUAUAACUAAAGGUCCUAGGCCGGAUGGGUGUAGAGAGGUAAUGGUGGCUGAUCUUAUUGAUCAGGCAAACAGGUGUUGGAAUGUGGAUCUUAUCCAAUCUAUUUUUCAGCCAGUGGACAGGGAUGUAAUUCUGAAAAUUUCCUUAAGACUUUUUCAAGGUGAAGACAAGAGAAGGUGGGGGGUUACUAAAGAUGGUCUCUUCUCAGUCAAAUCGGCUUAUAAGCUGCUUUCAAAGUUGGAAGAGGAAGGUCAAUCGACUAGGGCGUCUUCGUCGAGAUCUAGGCCUUGGGAGAGUAUUCCUAAUGCUGUUUGGAAUCGUGUUUGGUCCAUUCAGACGUUCCCAAAGAUUAAGGCCUUUCUCUGGCGUGUUUGCAAUGAAGCUAUUGCCUUUGGUGUGGGUUUAAGUCAUAGGAAUGUUAAUAUUAACCCUAUCUGUGUUAGAUGUGGAGUCCAUCAGGAGACGGGCGAUCAUAUUCUCUUGGGUUGCUCCUUUGCCCGUUGUGUGUGGUUUGGUAGUUCUCUUCAAUUUUCUCCUCCGGAUAACCCUUCUUUGAUUGACUGGAUUCGCAGUUGGGAGGUGUGGUUUAGACAGGACAAGAGGCUUGCUCGUGAAGCUCUCUCUAAGGCUGCGUUCAUUUGCUGGUAUCUCUGGCGUGCGAGGAAUGAGUUAUCUCUUAAAGGAAUUAUUUGGACUCCUUCUGAAGUUCUGCAGCUUGCGGAGAAGGCCUACUUGGAGUUUUCAGGUGCAGUUAAUGGUCUUGUCGUUUGCCCUCAGGAUGGUGAGAUUGGGAUCUCUCGUAUUUGUUCUCAGUGGCACCCCCCUCCGGGGGAACUGUUGGCCAUUCGCCAUGCCCUCAAGCUUGCUCUAGAUUUGGGUGUUGAUAACCUUCUAGUGCAAUCGGAUUGCAAGGAUGCUAUUUUGUUCAAUGAGGAGAAGAAAUCGCCGGAUUGGGAAGUGGAAGGCCUAGUUACUGAUGUUGUUAGGCUGAAAUCUUCUUUUGUUUCCAUUUCCUUCUCUUUCAUUUCUAGGGCUAUGAAUAAUGUUUCGGAUGCCCUAGCCAAGAAGGCCCUGUCUCUUGAGUACUUGACAGAUUAG